AGAGGAAUGUUCUUAUUGUGAUUCAAGAAAUUAUACAAACCCUGCAUUCAGACAUCUACCAGAAUAUAUGCUGUCAAAUUUUGAUGGCGAUAACAGCCAGUGGUGGCAAUCAGAAAAUGGGAAAGAAGAGGUUUAUCUCCAGCUUGACCUGGAAUCUGAGUUCCACUUCACUCAUUUGGUCAUGACAUUCAGGUCAUUCCGUCCUGCUGGAAUGCUUAUUGAAAGAUCAUUUGACCUUGGAAAAACAUGGCAUAUCUAUAGAUACUUUGCUGACGAUUGCAGUAAAGUAUUCCCUCGAAUACCUAAGGGUGAACCUAAAGACAUAGAUGAUGUUAUUUGUACAGAGAAGUUUUCAGCAGUGGAGCCGUCAACAGGUGGUGAGCUUAUCUUCAGUGCCCUAAAAUCACAAGAGCCAAUAAAAGACCCAUAUAGCCCUAAGGUUCAAAACCUUCUAAAACUAACCAACAUUCGUAUCAACUUCACCAAACUACACACAUUGGGUGAUGAUAUUCUCGACCCUCGU